UAUAUCAUGGUGCACGCGUGUUACUUGUGCAACGCAACUGUGGCCAACGGUGUCAGUCUACACAAAUUUCCCAGAGAUGUCGCGAGGGCCAACAGGUGGUUGGCGUUCGUAGCGACGUGCGGUUACGAUCCGGCGGCCGUAAACUUGCGGAGCGCUUUAAUUUGUUCGAGGCAUUUCGACCCCGUCAACGAUUACCGUACCAACCCAAUCCGCAGGUUACUCAUUAGCACUGCUGUGCCCACCGUGAUUGUCGCCAAUCCCGAAGCAGCUCGACCCUCUCAGUCGGACGUUGAAAUCGUCGGCAUCGCCGUUGGUGACGACGAGGCGGCGGUUGGCGAUAUAAACGAUAUGGUCGAAGUCGUCGAAGCCGAAGCGUCACCCGAAAUAGUCGACGUCGAUCCGUUCGAAGUCGAAGUGGUCGGGGCUCCCGUCGAACCGUCGCCCGAAUUCGUCGACGUCGGGUUGGACGACCUUGCCGCCGUCGUCGGAGUUCAAAACGAACCAGCCCUCGACGUCGCUCCGUCCGAAGACGAUCGACGGGGUGGUAAUCCGGAACGAGUGCAAGCCGGCGAUGUUGUUGAAGCGAUACCCGUGCAACCGGUCGAACUCAUAGCGCACGUGCGAGACGUUUUACCGGAAGAGAAUUGCAUUGGCCCAAUGAAUUACGUUUGCGCGCACUGCAACGCACGGCAUUUCGCCGUGGAAAAGUUAAGUAUUAGUAACAAUGCGACAUUUUAUUUUUCCUUGUGUUGUUCUAACGGUUUGGUCGCCCUCGCGGACGACCAAGUAUUAUUGCCUGUUCCAGAUCUGUUGAAGGACCUGAUGCUCGGCGAUUCGGCACAAUCGCGAUCCUUUAGAGCGGAAAUCCGUCCAUACAACAGCGCGCUGGCGUUCGCUUCGUUCAUAGUGAACAAUCCGCCCGCCGAUAGAGCGCCAGAGGCUCAGCCCGGCCGCCGGUUGCCCGGCGGCGUGUUUACCGCGCACGGACAGAUGUACCACAGGAUGAGCCGAGCGGCGAUACCCAACAGGAGGGGGGCAACGCCUCGCUACUGUCAGUUGUACUUCAUCAGCUCGACGGAGGCUACCGCGGCGCGGAUCGAAGCCAAUCGCAGCCGAGCCAACCUGUUGGACAGCGUGUUACGGCAACUCGACGAAAUGUUGAGGGCCAUCAACCCGUACGCUGAAGCGUUCAGGAAUAUGAACGAGGUGUGGGUCGACGAGACCCGACGACCGCCGGAAGAGGCACCGCAAAGAGUGACCAUGUUCUUCAUCGAAGACCGCAACAGCGACCCGAGGCGCUACAACGCCUCGCGCGUCAACGAAGUCGCCGCGGUGUUCACCGGCGAGAACGGCUUGCCGCCGGCGCAAGUGGAUUUCGCGGUUUACGACCGCGCGACGGCCGGACCCGCGAUGCGCACGCUGUCGACGAGGUCGCCACACAUCGAUCCGAUGGUAUACCCGCUGCUCUUUCCGAACGGCGAAAGGGGAUGGAACCCACACAUGGAACAGACGGGCGCGCGGAGAACGACCAACAGGCAACGCGUGUCCAUCAGGGAGUUCAUGUGUUAUCAUCUGGCCGUCCGUUACGGGGGCAACAACGACGGCGGUCACGGCGGGUUCAGCCCGUUACACGCCGGCGGUUUUCUGUUUCAACAGCUCCUGUGCGACUAUUACGUGCGCAUGGAAUCGGAGCGGUUCGAAUACUACGAGGCGCACCAGUCGGACUUUUUCGUGGAGGCCUACCAAGGUCUGAUGGAUCACAUCAACGGGCAACACGACGUGACCAGGGACAACGACGUCGGGUCCCGCGUCAUUCUGCCCGCUUCGCACACGGCCGGCGUGAGGUUCAUGAAAAGACGUUAUCACGACGCCAUGGCCUUGGUGCGGACGUACGGCAAGCCCGAUCUGUUCAUCACUUUCACCUGCAACCCGAAGUGGACGGAGAUCGCGGACAACCUGUCGGACGCGUUGACGUACAUCGACAGGUCCGAUUUGGUUACGCGCGUGUUUCACGCCAAACUCAAAGCGCUGAUGGACGAUCUGACGCGCAGGAACGUCUUCGGCCGCGUGGCGGCUUACGUCUACACGGUCGAGUUUCAGAAGCGCGGUCUGCCGCACGCGCACAUACUGCUCAUUCUCGACGAGCGGUUUAAAAUACGUUCGGCCGAAGACGUGGACCGAAUCGUGCGAGUGGACAUACCGGAUCUCGUCGCGCAACCGACGCUGCACCGUCUGGUCAAGACCCACAUGUUGCACGGUCCGUGCGGCGUGUUUUUCAGAACGUCGCCGUGUUGGGACCAAGAGAAAAACGUCUGUACCAAGCAAUACCCGAAACCGUAUUGCGAGGAAACGGUUUACCGCGCCGACGGCGGUUACCCCGAGUACAGGCGANUCGCGCCGAUGGCGGUUACCCCGAGUACAGGCGACCCGACAACGGUCGUACCGUCGAAGUGCGGCGGGCCACCCUGGACAGUCAGUGGGUGGUGCCUUACAAUCCCUAUCUGA